AUGGCGGGCUGGUUUGGGACAUCCUCGAACAGCGCCCUCGAUGAGCAGAUCGAGCGCGCCACCUCUUCGAGCUUAGAGGACAUGCCCCUCAACCUGGAGAUAUCCGAUGUCAUUCGCUCCAAAACAGUGCAGCCUAAAGAGGCCAUGCGCGCUCUGAAGCGCCGGAUAGGGAACAAGAAUCCCAACGUCCAGCUCGCGACGCUGAACCUUACCGACACCUGUGUGAAGAACGGUGGUUCACAUUUCACCCAGGAGAUUGCCUCCCGCGAAUUCCUAGAUAACCUCACCUCGUUGCUCAAAGCUCCCAGCGCCGUCGCCCCGAACCAAGAUGUCAAGAACAAGAUGCUGGAGCUGAUCCAGUCGUGGGCACUCGCCGCCGAGGGCCGCAGUAGCUUGAACUACCUGAACGAAGUAUACAUUACACUUCAGCGCGAAGGCUUCCAUUUCCCUCCUAAGGAGCAUAUUGCCAGUAGCAUGCUGGAUAGCAAUGCGCCCCCAGAGUGGACCGACUCCGACGUCUGCAUGCGAUGUCGAACUGCCUUCACCUUCACGAACCGGAAACAUCACUGUCGAAAUUGCGGAAACGUCUUUUGCGGAUCCUGUUCAAGCAAGAACAUCCCACUUCCCCAUCUUGGCAUAAUGGACCCCGUACGCGUGGACGAUGGAUGCUACCAGAAGAUGACGGACAAAUCGAGAGGAACCCCAGUCCCAAGAGGUUUUGACGCUACCAAGCCCAGCCGCACUCUGUAUCAAGGGUCUAUGGAGCCACGAAAUCCUCGUGUAGAAGACAGUUUUGACGCCGACCUGAAGCGAGCGCUGGAGAUGAGCUUGGAAGAGGCACAGGGACAUAGCGGGGCUGGUUUCGUAUCGCAAUCGCAACUGCAGUCGCAAAAGUCGCCGACGACAAACGGAACGUCGAAACCAAUACCGGAGGAGGAUGAUGACCCGGAUCUCGCAGCAGCUAUCGCCGCGUCGCUAGCGGAUAUGGAGGAGCAGAAGAAGCAGCACGCAGCCACUCUGCGGCAACAAACAUCCGUCUCCAACGGCGCGCCUCUCGUGGCACCCAAAAACGAUUACGAAUUGACGCCGGUGGAGGCUGAGAAUAUAAAUCUGUUUUCCACAUUGGUGGACAGGCUGCAACAUCAAGCACCUGGGACCAUAUUGCGAGAACCACAGAUACAAGAGCUGUAUGAGAGUAUCGGGAAGCUGCGACCGAAGCUCGCCCGGACUUAUGGAGAGACAAUGAGCAAGCACGAUACCUUACUUGAUCUGCAUGCGAAGUUGUCGACCGUCGUACGUUACUAUGACCGCAUGCUCGAGGAACGCCUAUCCAACACGUACAACCAGGCCGGUACCAUGUACGGCCUGCCACCUGCCAACCAACGCCCAGCUUCGAGCAUGUACCCCAGUCUGCAGUCAGGCGCACCAUCAGAUCCUCAAGCUGGCGAGAGCUUCUAUACCGGAAAUUCGGACCCUUACGCAAGACCACAACCUUACUAUGGUGGAGGUUACCAACAAAUGCCGCAGCCGUCCUAUUCUCAGUAUGACAAGCGUGCGUCUGCCCCAGCACAACAGUACAACGCUCCGCCUGCAGACGCGUACCAGCAAGCACAACAGCCCGCCCAGCCAUAUCCCAGCCUGUCACAACGACCUCCCAGCACGACCUAUCAAAAGCCUGCGUCUCCUCAGCUCCAACGGCAAGUCUCCAACCAACAAUACCCUCCGCAAUCUCACACAGCCUAUCCGCCGCAAGCACCUCCAUCCACUGUAUCCGACGCCGAGAGUGCAAGCUACUACUACGGCGACACAAACGCGGCACCGUCCGUACAGCGCACACAAAGCUUUACAUCGCAGCCAUCACACGCACCCGCGCCUUCAUCUCCCGAGAUGUACCGCGCACCACCAGCGCAAACGCCCCUCUCGCCACCCACUCAACCCGCCGCCGCGCCAACAUACCCACCUCAGCAGCAACCGCACCAGGCUUCCGCGCCCUACCAGCAAGCACCGGCCCAGGCCCAACAGCAAGCACCCCCACAACAGCAACAGUACUGGCAGCAGCCGCCACAGCAACAGCAACCUGCAGGCGCUCAACCGUGGCAACCGCCGCCGUAUGCGCAGGGCGGAUAUGGCCCGGAGAGCUUCCCCUCGGCGCCGCAGCACCAGCUCCCCGUGCAGCAGAAGGUCAUCGACGAGCCCCUGAUCGACUUGUAG